CUCCAUUAUCCUCCCCAAAACAAAAAGAGAAAAAAUGGCCACGUCGUACCUUCCUUUCUGCCCAUCACCGGCUUCACUCGCCCGAAAGAGCUCAAGCUUCCAAAGCAGCUUUCUUUCUUCCCACCAUCCCGUAUUCUCCAGGAAACCAUGCACUCAGUCUCCUCCUCUCACAUGCCGGCCACCAGCAGCUUCUACUACAACCUCCUCUCUGAUCACAGAUUUCGACCUCUACGAUCUCCUCGGAAUCGAUAGCUCAAGCAACCAUUCCCAAAUCAAAGUGGCUUACAGAGCGCUUCAGAAGCGAUGCCACCCGGACAUCGCCGGCCCUGCAGGUCACGACAUGGCAAUCGUGCUCAACGAGGCUUACUCUGUUCUCUCCGAUCCGAAUUCGCGCCACGCUUAUGACAAGGAACAAGCGAAGCUGGCCGAGCUACGCGGGUAUACAGGGAAGCCGCUGUACUCGACGUGGGUGGGUUCGGAGAGCGAGCAGAGAGCUGUGUUUGUCGACGAAGUGAAGUGCGUUGGUUGCUUGAAGUGCGCCUUGUUUGCAGAGAAGACGUUUGGGAUCGAAUCCGUUUUUGGAAGAGCAAGGGUCGUUGCGCAGUGGGCUGAUCCUGAAUCCAAGAUCCAUGCCGCCAUUGAUUCAUGUCCUGUUGAUUGCAUCUCCGUCGUGGAGAGAGCAGAUUUGGCUGCCUUGGAGUUCCUGAUGUCGAAGCAACCGCGGGGAAAUGUGAGGAUCGGCGCAAGCAAUUCAGCAGGACAGCGAGUCUCGAACAUCUUCGUUGAUGUGAAGAAGUUCAGAAACAGAGUAGCAGACGCCACUGACCCGAACUCCUCUAGGGAGGCGGACCUGCAAAGAGAGGCAAGGAUGUCAGCAAUUCAGACAAUCAGAUCACUCUGGUUGUACUGGCAAGCACCAAAGCAUGCAUCAUCCACUCCACGCAGCUUGAAAUUUCUCCCACUUCCACGACAACAAACAUCAACCGAUCCAGACAUUAAGAAGAUCCACCAGGCUGCUGAGGCAAGAAGACAGGCACGAGAGAGCACCGUCCCCGUUCGUCCUGCUGCAGUGAGUCCAGAACAGGAUGAAUACUGGGUGCCAUCUACUCGAGGUCUUCCAUCCUCAUCAACUACCGACAAGAAAGCCGACGCAAAGUCAGCAGUGAAAGCUGGGUCGAGGAAGGUGAACAACGGGAGAAGAUAUGCAGUUGAAAAGGAGAGGAAGAGGAGCUUGACGAUCCCAGCGGUGGCAGCAACAGUUGCGGCGGUUUUAGUUCACCUGCAAGUUGGGGGAAGGGAAGUGGUGAGCGGGGGAUUGAAUGAACAUAUAGGUGGUUCUUUUGCGCUUGAUGUUGUGAACAGCUCGCUGAUGCAGGUCUCAUUAGCAUGGAUGACCUGGUUCUUUAUUGGAGCCGCUGCUGUUGAGCUAGGUGAAGCCAUCAGGAACAACAAAUCAUAGGGAUGUAGUAUAUAGAAUACAACUUUAGAUGGAUAUUUUACUUGUAUAUGGAACUGGUAUUCGUAUAAAUGUAGACAAACCCAAAAACUUAAAUUACUUGUGAAUUGUGGAAGUUAUCAGAGGUCUGAUCAAAUCAGGUGACUAAGAAAAAGACUUCAUAAGU